GGACUGAGAAGAUGGCAACUGACUUGGCGAGAGUGAUUGCUUUGCUCCUUGUGUUUGUGGCUUUGGCACCAACUGAAAUUGGCAGCCGUAACGUUGGGAGGAAGAAGUGGAGAAAACAACCUGCCCCACUUUUCCAACAGUUGGAGCAAGGAACAGAUCUCACCUGCAAUAUAGAAGUUGCUUUAAUUUUGGAUAGCUCUGAAAGUAUCAAAGAUUCCUUAUUUGAUCAAGAGAAGAAAUUUGCGAUUGAAUUCACUGAAGGAGCUUUGCAGUCUGACCAGUCAAAAAAACUGAAUCUGCUCUGGAGAAUGGCUGUGCUACAGUACAGUAGUUCAGUUAAGAUGGACCACACUUUCCGAGACUGGCAAGGAUUGGAUCAAUUCAAGAAUCGUGUGAAAUCCAUGGAUCAGAUAGGCCAUGGCACAUACACUUCAUAUGCCAUUGGGAAUGCUACUCAGCUCUUCCAGGCUGAGGCAAGGCAGAACAGUGUGAAGAUUGCCAUUUUAAUGACAGAUGGAGUGGAUCAUCCCCGCAAUCCAAACCUUCAAGAUGUUGCAACUCGUGCUAAGAAGUAUGGAAUUUUCUUCUUUUGUAUUGGGCCUCCACAUAUUUCUGCAGACCUGUCAGCUGUGGCAAGUCUUCCAUCAUCACAAUUUGUUCAUAGCAUAAGGGAUACCAAGCUUACAAGCAAUGUACUCCAUGAAGUAUUGAAAGUUGCCAAUGAGUCAUGUCCAAAACCAGAGCCAUGUACAUGUCAAAAGGGGGAGAGAGGAAAAGAUGGACCUCCUGGAAGAAAAGGAGAUCGAGGUCAAGAUGGCCACCCUGGCGAAAAAGGAGCGCAGGGAUCACGAGGUUUAAAAGGAGACCCUGGAAUUCCCGGUGAAAAGGGUCCAGAAGGGUCACCAGGUCCAAUAGGAAAAAGAGGACCACCGGGACCAGCUGGCCCAGCUGGCGAGCAAGGCCCUGAGGGAAUCCAGGGCCCAAAGGGCGAUCGUGGUCUUACUGGUUUAACUGGUCCAAUUGGAAACCCUGGAAUUGGAUACCCAGGACCAAAGGGUGAAAAAGGUUCACAAGGAGUAUCUGGUCCUCUUGGUCCUCCUGGGAUUGGAGAACCUGGAUUACCUGGACCUAGAGGAGAUCCUGGUGCAAAGGGCGAAAAAGGACAGCCAGGACAAGGUGCUCCAGGACCAAAGGGUGACGUUGGCUAUGGUGGACCUAAAGGCUCUCGAGGAGCUCCUGGAUCUGGAAUUAAAGGUGACAAGGGUGAUAUCGGACCUCCUGGACCAUCUGGUCCUCAAGGCACACCAGGAAUUGGUUUGCAAGGCGAGAAGGGAAAUCGAGGAUUCCCUGGAGAGAAGGGUCAAAAAGGAAUAGGAGAAAGAGGACCUCCAGGUUCUAAAGGAGAUCCUGGAGCGCCGGGGGCAGCAGGAACCCCUGGAAUUCCCGGUGAUUCUGGAUUGAAUGGAGCAAAGGGUGAGCAGGGAAAUCCAGGACCACCUGGCCAACUGGGAUUUGGUAUUAAAGGAGCUCCAGGCAAACAGGGUGAACCUGGUAAAAGGGGACCUCCUGGUUUUCUUGGACAUCCUGGACCAGCUGGACCUGCUGGACCCAAGGGGGAGCCUGGGCUCCGUGGUGAGGUUGGAUUACCAGGACCUACAGGAAAAGGGUUUGCAGGAGCAAAGGGGGACCGAGGGCCACCAGGACCACAAGGUCCUAUUGGGCACCCAGGAGUUGGAAUAAUAGGACCCAAGGGACAUCGUGGAGAUCCUGGAUUACCUGGACCAGCUGGAGCCAAAGGAGAUGGUUAUCCUGGCCCUCAGGGUGUAACAGGACUGCCAGGUCCACGUGGUGACCCAGGAGAAGAUGGUAAAGGAUUUCCCGGACCAAAGGGUGAACCUGGCCCUCCAGGACUACCAGGCCCAACUGGACUUCCAGGAAUAGGAUACCCUGGUCAAAAGGGUUCUAUGGGAAGAAUGGGUUUACCUGGCCCAAAAGGGCCUCAAGGAGAAGGCAUACAAGGACCAAAGGGAGCACCAGGAUCCCCAGGUUUGAUGGGUCCUAGAGGGCCAGCAGGGGAAGGUAUACCAGGACAAAAGGGAGAUCGUGGAUAUAAAGGUGAAAGAGGGAGUAAAGGAAACAAAGGUGAUGAAGGAAUCCCUGGCAUUAGAGGCGAUCCAGGAAAGAAUGGAGAGAAGGGUGAACCUGGUUUCACAAGAGAGGAAAUAAUCAACUUGAUUAGAAUAAUCUGUGGAUGUGGAAGGAAAUGCAAAGAAAAGCCUCUUGAACUGGUAUUUGUGAUAGACAGUUCUGAAAGUGUUGGACCAGAAAACUUUGAAAUUGUUAAAGAGUUUGUCAGUGCUCUGAUAGACCGGGUUAGUGGCAGCAAUGAAGCUACUCGGAUUGGUGUAAUACUUUACAGCCUUGACGCUCAAAUAAUCAUUCACUUACGGCAAGGUAUAACUCCGGAGAAAGCCAAAACAUUAAUUCAGAACAUGCAAUACUUAGGAGAAGGCACCUACACUGGAACUGCCAUAGAAAUGGCAAAUCAAGUUUUCAAGUUAGCUAGAAAAGAAGCACGCAAGGUGGCAAUAGUAAUAACUGAUGGACAGACGGACACGAGAGAGCCAAUAGAUCUGGAGAUGGCAGUGAAAGAAGCCCAUUCUGUACAUACAGAGGUGUUUGUAAUUGGGAUAGGCAAUGCAUCUGAUCCUGUCUACCCUAAUUUUAAGAAAGAAAUGAACCUGAUUGCAUCUGACCCUGAUGAGGAAUAUGUUUAUCUGAUUGACGAUUUUAUGACUCUUCCAACACUUGAAAGUAAACUGUUCACCAGGAUCUGUGAGCCUGAGCAUGAACCACUGUUUAGUCUGAUUUCUAGCUCUGUACUACCCCCUGGUGUGUCAACUGCCAUCAGUCCUGUUCAUCAGUCACCAGACCAUGAUGUCGUACAUAAGGAGGACCUACACACCAUGGAGGUGCAUUAA